AUGCCAGGCCUGUAUCAUUUUGCAUAUGUCUUGGCAGCUCUCCUCUUUACCAGAUGUAGCACUGCAAGUCUAGAAUGGAGAAGACUAAAAUCUCGUUCGGCUGGGGUAACGACUUCUGGCUUCGCAACAGCAUCAGAUGAUAAGACUUGUUAUCUAUUUGGUGGUAGAAUUGGUGAACUGUACAAUAACGACCUAUUCACAUUCAAUGCUAGUACAUUUGACUGGGAAAUAGUAAGAACUACCGGUAGUAUUCCUUGCAGAAGAUCAGGACAUACCCUUACAAAAAUCGGCAAAUCCUUGUAUCUUAUCGGAGGUCAAAAUGAAAACGGUACACUUGGAGAUAUUUACGAAUAUGAGAUACCAAGUGGAAAAUGGAAACCUGUGCGACAAUUAAGUCAAUCGAAAUUCAUAAGCAGAAGCGGACAUUCUACUUGUACCGAUGGUAAAAAUCGCAUUUUUCUCUUUGGAGGAUAUAACGACGAGGGAGCCUUCCUAAACGAUUUGUACGAAAUCAAUUUUUCAAAAUCUGACGAACGCGAUGCAAAUACUACAGUAACUUUUAAAAUAUUAAAUGAUGACAAGAGUAUAUCAUUAAAUCCAUCACCAAGGGAACACUCUUCGUUAACUAAUAUUGAAGGAAAACUUUACUUGUUCGGUGGAUACAGCUAUGGUUCAAGUUGUAAUGAUGGGUUGUGGAUAUUUGAUUUGAAGGAAAAAAAAUGGAGCAGAUCAAAUUCGCAUUUUACGCCUCCGCCCGGAGAAGGCUAUUCCUCUUUUGGAAUGGGAAGGUCAAUAAUGUAUUUUGGUGGCUGUGAUUUUAGCUUUAAUGCAAACCAAUGCUACAACACCGUUUGGAAUUAUAACACUAGUAUCGACCAAUGGACAAUUAUCCCGUCUUCAUUAAAUAAACCCCUGGGAAGGGCUUUUGGAUCACUAUUUCUUAUAAAUGAUACAGUAUUUUUUUAUGGUGGAUUAAAGAUGGACAAGACGGUGUAUAAUGACACUUGGGAGCUAACUGGAUUUAUAUCUUGUACAGAUCCAGACCACACUUGUCUAGGAAAUGGGGAGUGCUAUGGUUCCUUUUGUAGAUGUAAUUCUGGAUUCUAUGGUCACGACUGCCGACUCGAAACGGUUAUCGAAGAGCAUAUUGUAAAUGAAACAAAUGUUAAAGAUGAUGGAGAAAAUGUGGAAGUCAAAGAAGAUAAUGCUGAUAAUCUUCCAAAACAUAAGAUGAAACAACCCACACUUUCAACCGGAAAACUCAUGAUUGCAUUAGGAUGCUGUUUGCUCGUCUUCACAUUUAAAAGAUUCAUAAAGUGA